GCGUUUGGUUCGUCGUGCGGUUGCUGCUCCGUGGCGUGUUUGGCCGUAUAUAUAUCUGUGCCACUGCUGGCGCUUGCCACUCUGCAGGCAUUGCGAUUCACUAGAUGCUGUAGUGUGCUUUUGAAUUUUGUUGUGGCCCCAGCCAACUUGCAAUUUAUGUGGCUAAUUAGAGGAAAAGAAGGCGGCGUCGGCGGACCAUUUGUGCGUGACUCUCGAUUGCCGUAAGUGCUGCGCAUCCUUUACGUUUCGUGUGCCGUGCCCCUACCGCCCACCAAAAAAAAAAAAAAAUACAAAAAAAAAAAAAGAGUUAACACAACGUGCCGGAAGAAUAAUAAUACACUCAAGUUAUCAAAACACUUGAAGGGAACUGGUAGAAGUGGAGUCCCAAAAAUCUGCAGUGCAAAAAAAGGGAAAGCGAAAGCGGGAAUUGAAAUGGAAAUUUAGGGCAAAAGCGGAUUACGAGCAGCCAUAACAGCCGAAAGCGGAAAAUUGAAAAUGAAAACGAAUAUCCAAGUGCGGGAAAACAAACAGCAGGAAAACUGAAAAGUGAGUUGCGGAAUAUUCGGAAAAGAUUCCCGACCCCAACAAUCCACCAAAAAAUACGGAACGGAAUGUCCAUAAAAGAGCGAAUGAACAUGUAAAAGCACAUUAAGCGAUGCUAUGGACUUGAUCUGACUCACAUGGACAUGCAUUCGUAAAUGUCGACGGAAAUGCUCUUUUUAUGGGCCAAGAGUACAUUGGCGCUUCAUUAAAGCCAACGGCGGAAGCGGAAAUAGCCGAGCGGCCAUAACAAGGAGACGCGUGUUUAUUGGCGCCGCCAGGUCAGAAAAACGCAAAAACGUAGAAACCCAAACUGCCAACUGCCAACUGCCAACAGCAAACUGCAACAUUCUGUACUACUUGGCAAUACUUGUAUACUCCUGCUGCUUGUUUCUUUGACACUUUGGUCAAAUUGAAGUUUGCCACAUAAAUGACGAGACGUUCUUGCGUUUGGCACAACGCACCGCAAGCACGACUAAAUGACAGCCAUGCAGCUUUUAUUGCCAACAAGCGGAAUGCCAACAAAUACACUGGAAACCGAAACAACAGCCAUGCAAACGACAUAUUGGCCAAGACAAACCGGCAACAGCAACAGCAAAUGCAACAGCAGCAGCAGCAGCAGCAACAGCAAAAGCAAAGGCAACACCAAAUGCAAGUGCAACAUGAACACACAUCGAAAAUCACGGACGAGAUGCCCGGACAAUGGGAAAACGAUUUGGGCUGUCGGCUUCACGUUGGUCCUGUUGACUUGCCUGCAGCAACUGAAAUCGGUUUCGGCGGACGAGGAGUCGCAGGAUUUUCAAAAGAACAUACCCGCUCGAUUGGUUUGGGCCGCUUUGGGCAAAACGGUGGAGCUGCCCUGCGAUUUGACGCCGCCCACGUCGCAGGAUUCGGUGAAGCUGCUGCUGUGGUUCAAGGACACCACGGGCAUUCCUCUGUACAGUCUGGACUCGCGGGGCGGCAACGUGAAGUUGGCGCCACAUGCGGCCAUAGCUAGCGAUCUGGGGCAACGUCUGUUCUUCAGCAUCGGCGACAAUCCCAAGGAUUCCCGCCUGCAGAUCAACGAUGUGAAGCCGGAGGACGGUGGCGUCUAUCGCUGUCGCGUCGACUUCUUCAACUCCCCAACGCGCAACUUCAGGCACAACCUGACCCUAGUUGUGCCGCCCGAGGAGCCGCGCAUCUUCGAUGCCCAGGGCAAGGAGAUAUCCCAGAUGGCAGGACCCUUCCGAGAGGGCUAUGAGCUCUUUCUCUGCUGUCAAGUGAGAGGCGGACGACCCCCGCCCAAAGUCACCUGGUGGCGCGACGACACCGAGCUAAUCGGCACCAGUCACACAUCCGUGGAGGAGGGCGCCACCGUGAUGGUUAAUCAGCUGCUGAUUGGAACCACCACGCGGGACUUCUACGGAAUUCGCAUCGAGUGCCGGGCGCAGGGCACACGACUGGUGGAUCCGGUUCGCAAGGAUGUCACCGUGCAGGUUUACUUGAAACCGGUGCGCGUAAAGAUUGCAACUCCCAACGAACUGCUGACCGCUGGACAACCGAUGCCCAUACGCUGCGAGUCCUGGGGCUCGUAUCCUGCGGCCAAGAUCACCUGGCUGCUCGAUGGCGAGCCCAUUCGCAAUGCGGAGGUCACCGUCCACAGCGACAAGGAGGAUGGGAAUAUCACCACGAGUAUUCUGACAUUGAAGGUAACAUCGGAGAACGAUAAUGCCGAGCUGACGUGUCGCGCCACGAAUCCCUGGUUCUCCGGUGGCGCCAUCGAGGACAAGCGCAUCAUCCGUGUGGCAUAUCCGCCCACGGUAUCGGUGCACUUGGCCAACGAAGAUCCCAGCCGGCUGGUGACGCGGGCCGAGGGCCAGAAUGUCACUUUCAAGUGCCGGGCAGAUGCCAGGCCGCCGGUAACCAGCUACUCCUGGUUCAAGAAUGGCAUGCGAAUGUCGGGCGAGAGCACGGAAAUAAUGCACUUGACGCAAUUGGAGAGGGAAAGUGCGGGGGCGUACGCCUGCGGGGCCACAAACACGGAGGGCGAGACCCGGAGUUCGAGUCUCACUUUAAAAGUGCAGUUCUCGCCGCGCUGUAAAUCGGGCACCGAACAAACCUCCAUUGGAGCCGUCAGCCUUCACUCGAUCCUGGUCAAAUGCGAGGUGGAUGCCGAUCCGCCGGACUCCGUGCGCUUCAGUUGGACGUACAACAAUACCCGGAACGUGUCGCCGGUGCUCAACUCGAGGAUACAGUCGAACGGACUGGCCAGCACGGUGACGUACCUGCCCCAAACGGACUCCGAGUUAAUAACGCUGGCCUGCUGGGCCAGCAAUGCUGUGGGCCGCCAAACGACGCCCUGUCUGGUGCACAUCCUGCCGGCAAACACACCGGAGGCACCGAAGGCCUGCGAAUUGCGCAACGACACCGUCCUGGAGGUGGUUUGUGUGGCGGGCAGUGACGGAGGACUCUCGCAGUACUUCAUGCUGGAGGUGGUGGGCGGAGACCCACUCUACUCAGGAGAACCGGGCGGAUCGGCGGCCCAGGGGCGUGGCCAGUUCAGCGAGGCCAUCGGCCUGGGCGACAACGAGAUAUCCACGCUCAACGAUCAGGCGACAUCUGCACCCAUCUUCCGCAUGCAGGAGAACAGUCCACAGUUUCGUUUGAAUAAUUUAGAGCCGGGACGUGAAUAUCAAUUUUUAGUUUACGCCGUCAACGCCAAAGGACGAAGCGAGCCGCCGGUGGUGAUUGAGAAUGUACGCGUGGCCGCCCAACUGGGACCAUAUGAUGAAUCCAUUCUGUCCGAGGACCCAACGCCCGCAGAAACAACACAUCAUGUGGGCGGCGGUGUGGGCGGCAGCGGGAGCUCCAGCGGCCUGGGCACCGGCGCCAGCACGGGCAGCGGCCCGGAGAAGCAAUCGACGCUGCUGAUACUCGCCGCCGUCGUGGUGAUAGGCGCCGUCGUGGUGACGUCAAUUAUCGUGGCCGGCAUCGUCGUGGUCUGCCGGCACAGGCCGCGGCCACCUGAGCCGCAGGAGGUGCGCAAGAGCAUGCGGCCAGCGAGAAACGAUGUGCCGAGCAUGUACAUCGAGGAGGACGAGCUGAACGAGCUGGAGGAGGGCGGCGGACGAGCGGCGGAGAUUAGGGCGCGUGUGGCCCCGCCCAAUUCGCAUCUGUGCGGCGGCGGUGGGAUGCCGAUGCCCGGUGGCGUUGGGUCAAGUGGCGGUGCCAUUGUGGGCGUGGCCGGACCCCAUCACUACAUCUCCGAGAGCUUCAUCCAGUACGCGCAGCCCAGCCUAAACGGCGACGUGCUGCUGCCCCUGCUCGUUACAUCCAGCCAGCCUUGCAGCACUAACUCCACCAUCUCGAGCGUGGUCCUGGCCAUGCCCCAGGCGAAACUAUGUCCUGAUCCUGCGAGCCGAAACACUGCCUGGCCGCCCGAAUACCCGGAUCUGAUAUUGCCGCGCGGCGAAUUGGAAUUUACGACCCUGGAUCCAACGCUGAAGUAAUUGUAAAAAGUAAUAAUAAAUAUCUACACACACACACACAGACACACACACAUGCGGACUCACUCGCGGUGAGGCCUCAUAAUUCACGGGCAUUUCAUUAAACAUAGCUGUAAAUUUUUAGCAUAAAUUUAAAUGCAUUAGCGUAAAGGUAAAUCGUGUUGCGUAACGUUUAAGCGGAAAGGCAAAUAGAUAAGGAUAAACCAUUUUGUAAUUGUCAGCCAUUAAGUGUCAUUGAAACCGCUGAAGGCGGAUGCAAAAUCAAAAAAAAAAACAAAACAAAACAAAUACGAACAUAAAUAUAGAAACCCAGAAGCUGCGCUAUAAAUACGCUACAAACUUGUAACUGAAAUCAAAAGUAUGAAACAUGUAAAUACAACACUCACUUCACGACACACACUCACACUCAUUUUGCUGUUGCACCAUCGACUGUACAUAGAGAAACGGGCAAACAUUAAUCAAACUGCAUUUAAAUGUUAAAUAUUAAUUGUAAUUAAUGAACAACUAGCCCGUAAGCCAAUAGUAGUUAGUAAGUAAGUAAGCCGUGUGUAUUGAAAGUGUAAUUAGACUCAUAGAGCCAACGGACUUUGCACCAGGUAUCUGUUAUCUGCAUCGGAUGUGUGAAAAUAUCUGGCCAUUUAUCCAUUAAUGUCUGCAUAGCCAUAUAGCAUUCAUUCAUUAGCUAAAGUUCAACUCUGUCCCAUCCUGUUUGCUGUCCGAUCAUUUGAAAUAUUUAAAUGUUUCCAACAGCUAGCAGCAAUUCUGGGCCCUCGGCCCACCCACUUUUCCGCCCUGAUCCGGCACUUUCAGUCGCUAUUUAUGGCAAUUCCAUGAAUAUUCUAUUACCCCAAUAAGCCGAACCGACGGCAAAGAUGAAUAACAGCCGAAAAAAACACGAAACACACAAAACAACAGCCAAGUGGGCCAUGCUCGAGUGCAUAAUGAAUAAAUGUCGAGUGAACAGGCAAUUCCCAGGAUCCUCAGCAAUUCCACCCACACAUGACUCCCCCACAACUCAAACUACAACACAAACUCGAAGUCAAACAAUAAAUGCGAAUUCAGUGUAAAUGUUAUAAAUAACUAAAGUAACCGAGCAAAGUACGACAUAAAAAUAAUAAUAAUAAUAAUAAUACGCCAUACACUGUACACAAUACUCCAAUGUAAUUCGAAUUCUAAUUUCAAAUAUACAAACAUAAAGUGAAAUGGCAGACUAGCAAAAUAUACAGUGCGUAUGCGUAAUAAAAUAAAUUGAAAUUUAUAUAUAUAUAUACAAGUAUAUAUAGAUGCAUACAAAUGGAAACAGCUCGAAUGUCGUUCUCUGUCUCUGUCACUCUGAACAAAACCAAACUGAUUGUUUUUAAGCAAAGUUAGAUUUAUAAAUAAAUUAAAUUUAAAUGCGAAACGAGAAACGAGUAACGCAAACUUAAAAGUGAAAUACAUUAAUAACUAAGUCGAAACUACUGAGUGUGUUAAUAAUACUGAAUACUGAAUAAAUAAACAAGAU